AAUGGCUAAAUAUUUGAUAAACUUAUGUUUCAUUGACAAAACAAAAAAAAAUUUGUUUGUGUUGAACUACCGUCGUCACCUAAUAUGAUUCCGUGUAACGGUAUAUGGUAAACCUAUGUAUUCAAAAACACAUGAUAAUAUUGUUAUAAGAUCUGUAACAGGGCUUGUGUAUGUAUAUCUGUGUACAAAAACAACGAGAAACGUGGUUUUACGUAAUUUGUUAGUCGUUGUCUUUGUUUGAUUUAAUUUGAUGACUAAUAAAAACAGAAUUAUUAAUUUAAAACAGCUUCGUCGUUGAAACACACGGGGUGGCUAGUCGGGGAUUUAUACACUUUAUAAUAAUAUAUACCUACUUCAUUAUAAUUGCGCGGUGGUUUACCCUCUGUGGUAUGUAUUAUAAUAUUGUGAUAUGAGUUUCAUUACUGCGCACCAUUCCAUAUUAUAUUAAUUCAUAUUCCCGGGGAACUGUGUUUAAUGUACAUGUCAUUUAUAUUAUGUUAUAUGCGCAUAUACACGUUAUAUAAUUGUUCGAACGAUUAAGAUCCUAUGCUGUUCGUUUCUGUCCUGUUUCGUUUCGUUUUUGUCCAACGGCUGUAAUGAUAAUAUAAAAUAUAAACGCGAAGUGUAUUUCUAGUUUCUUCUACUAUAAUAGUGUUUGAGGGCAAAAAAACACGUUUUGUUAAAACACUAUUAUAUAAUGUACCUAUAUACGUAGAUACUAGAUAAUACAUACCUCCUAAAAGCAUAUCCGUAAGCCUACCUAUCUUUAACGUGACAGAUAACGGCUAUAGCCACUAGGCAGAUUAUAUAGGUAUACGCAGUAAUCACGCUAAUUGUUUACCUGUAGCUUAUUUAAUACUAUAUACGAAGGAGUUUUAUUUUACACACCACGUGUAUUAUAUGUAUAUAUUAUUAUAAUUUGUCGAUGUAUCGGAUUAUCUUGUAUUUCUAGGCGAAUCCACGCAAUGAUAUUAAACAAGAAUGGAUUAAAACCCAAUAUUCAAAAACUUUCAAUAAUUUUAAAACAGAUUAUAUAAAAGUUUAAAAAAUAUAAAAAUCAUAAGUGUGCCUACCUAUCGUGUACAACACGGAUACACACAGUGUGGGUGCGAUGGACCAGGUAAAAACGUUAACACCGCCAAACGACGAACGAGGUGGUUUAAGGAGGGGCGGGUAGUCGCCGGUGCGGCAGAGGGGAAGGGUUGGGUAAUGGAAAGUGUGCGCGCCUUGACCUACGUCUUUGCGCAUGCGCGCCGACGUCACGUUUGUAAACGUCCGUUGGCGGAAUUCAAAAACUCGCGAGCGCCCGCCACCGUCGAGGGAACUAUUACUGCCGCGUCUCCGUCUUUUCCCUAUCCGUCGCUGCAGUGUUGUUGUUCCCGCCGAUCCGUGCGUCCGCGUGCAUUGUCGCCGUCGUUGCUCGCGAUUCAAACCGCGGUCGCCCUGUAGGUAAACAUAAUAAUAAAAUAGUAUAUUGUUGGUGAUAUUUAAAAUACACACGUGAUGAUUCUUUUCUCUCGUUGAAACUGUGUUUUUUUUUCAUAUCCAAAUAUAAUUGUCAUAUUUACAGUGCGCCGCUCAAGUGCCGUUUUAUUAGUUUUUCGUAUGUUUUUUGAUUUUAAUCUAUUUUACAGUGUUAAUUAAUGUUGAAUUACAAUAGUUAAUAUUGUUAUCAUAAUAGUGUUGCGCAGCUAAUUAAUUAAUUAAGCGAAUUUGUUGUUUUUCUUUUCUUUUAUUAAUUGAAAAGGUCUAAAUACAUUUAUAUUGAAAGGACGAAACAAACAGCUGAAUGACUGGUGCUGUGACGAAGGAUAUAAUGUGAAUACUGAAGCGUUGGAGCAUACUGUUAUAUUAUAUAUAAGUGCACAUGUCGCCGUACAGCAGGGAACACCACACGGCCGUCGUCACUCCCGUCUCGGUGGUGUCGCCGGUGAUCGAAGAGUUUGGCGGCAACAAGAAAGAUGACGCCGCCGCCGGCGCCGGUGGACUGCCGGCUUACCACCGUAAGUUCUCAGAGUCCGGAAAACCCGCCGCCGGAUAUACCAAUGGGUUCUCGUUGCUCCGCCGACUGUUGCGUUGGUGGCUCGCCCGAUUCGGUCAAAAGCCGCUGGUUAAAAAAGGUGUAUUGGAGAUGAGCGCUGCGACCGAAAGUGGUAUCCGGUUGAGCGGACAUACUCUAGACAAGGCGACCAAGGCCAAAGUCACCCUUGAGAAUUACUACAGCAAUCUGAUCGCUCAGCACAUUGAACGGAAACAGAGGUUGGCGAAACUUGAAGAAACUUUGAAGGAUGAAAGUCUGUCGGAGCAACAGAAACAGGAAAAACGCCAGCAACAUGCGCAAAAAGAAUCGGAAUUUCUCAGGCUCAAGAGAUCGAGGCUCGGGGUAGAGGAUUUCGAACCAUUAAAGGUCAUUGGCCGCGGUGCUUUUGGAGAGGUGAGACUGGUUCAAAAGAAAGACACUGGUCAUAUAUACGCCAUGAAAAUCCUACGCAAAGCUGACAUGCUUGAAAAAGAGCAAGUGGCGCACGUCCGUGCAGAAAGGGAUGUCCUCGUCGAAGCUGAUCACCAGUGGGUCGUUAAAAUGUACUAUAGUUUUCAGGAUCCAAUAAACCUUUACCUUAUAAUGGAGUUCCUGCCCGGUGGUGACAUGAUGACGCUACUAAUGAAAAAAGAUACACUCAGCGAGGAGUGUACGCAGUUUUAUAUCGCCGAAACUGCGUUGGCUAUUGAUUCUAUACACAAACUCGGAUUUAUACACAGGGAUAUCAAACCCGACAAUCUAUUACUAGACGCCAGGGGCCACAUAAAACUAUCCGAUUUCGGAUUGUGCACCGGCCUGAAAAAAUCGCACCGGACCGAUUUCUACAGAGACCUGAGCCAGGCCAAACCGUCGGAUUUCAGUUUUUUCUGUUCGCCAGCAUCGAGUCCGAUGGACAGCAAACGGCGUGCGGAGAGCUGGAAGAGAAAUCGCCGGGCGCUGGCCUACAGCACCGUCGGCACGCCGGAUUACAUUGCACCCGAAGUAUUCCUCCAGACCGGUUACGGUCCUGCUUGUGAUUGGUGGAGCGUCGGUGUCAUCAUGUACGAAAUGCUAAUCGGGUACCCGCCGUUCUGCAGCGAAAACCCUCAGGAGACGUACAGGAAGGUUAUGAAUUGGCGGGAGACGUUGAGCUUCCCAGCCGAGGUGCCCAUCAGUGAGGAGGCACGCGACGCCAUCUCCCGGUUCUGUUGCGAAUCAGACCGUCGUCUCGGCUACAGCGGCCGUGGCAUCGACGACCUUAGGUCAACGAUAGCGUUCUUCCGUGGCGUCGACUGGGAGCACAUCAGAGAACGGCCGGCCGCCAUACCUGUCCAGGUCAAGUCCAUCGACGACACGUCCAACUUCGACGACUUCCCGGACGUCAAGCUUGAAAUACCGUCAGCACCGAUAUCGCAAGACGGUGAAGUGAUCUACAAAGACUGGGUGUUCAUCAACUACACGUUUAAGCGGUUUGAGGGGCUCACUCAGCGGGGCAUAGCUACCAAAAAGUGAUUUUAAAUAUCGUUAACGAUAGUGCAAUGUGAUAUUUUUAUCUAACCUCCUACGCUUUUCUCCUUCUCCCACCAAUCAACCUCCCCCUGUACUCCUCCCCCCACAACACCCUACCCCGACCAAUCCCCCGAUUCACACACUACAAAUCCUCCACCAUCCCUAUCACCAUUAGUUGGCAUGCAGACUUUAUGAUCUCAAGAAGAAAAGUGUUUUCUUCUCAGCGAUGAAAAAAACCCAACUGAAGAUUCCAAAGAACAAAUGUUUUUUUUUUUUAAUAUAUGUAUAUUAUAACCUGUGUGAUCAACAAUGAUGCAUAGUUGUUAUCCAUUCACCCUCAAACAUAUAUACAAAACCAAUUGAUAUAUUGUGUAGCGUUAAAUUUCAAUGUCUUAAUAAUAUGUUAUAUUGAUAUUAUUUUUGCACACUAAAUUUAUCUCUUAAGCUUCAUCUAGUCAACUCGUUCGUUUUUUUUCUUUCUCUCGAACAAUAUUCGAAAUUUGAAUCCAUAAACACGUUAAGUAAGAAUCUUAUAUUUACCGUAACACGUUCGGCAUAACCACGGCAAAAAUAUAUAAAAACAAAUAACAAUAUUAAUUAAUGUGAGUUAUAGGUGACAAGACGUUAUAUAGCGUGUACAUAUUAUAUUGGUGUAUAUAUAUAUACCGUAAACACAAUACCAUACCUACUGUAAUGAUCACCGUGGGUUGUGUGUAUAUACAUAUUAUAUAGUGUUAUAUGCUAUUCGUGUACAUAGUCUGGUGCACUGGUGCCGCUGGUGCUCAGGCGCGGUCAUUCCACAACCACCUGCGGGGAAUGCGAACGUCUAUAAAUAUUGUCCUAGUGCACAUCAUCGUUCGAGGGGACGUCGAACGUUCCGGACAAUAUAUUACAUUAUAAUAUAUUUUAGUAAAACCGUUCGAUACUUGCCCUUUGACGAGUGUAAAAAAAAAAUUUUUUUUUAAAAGUUGAUUAUUACGCACUUUUAGCAUGUUCCUAUAAGCUAUAGGUAGUGGUAGCCAAUGAAUAAUUUAUUGAAUUAAUCAUCGGACAACAAGGCCGAAAGCGAUUGACCCCGGGACAGGUUAGACUUAAGAUUUGUUUGAUUAUUAUUAAUUUCUCGAUCUGAAUAUUUUGUUUGUUUACGCGUAGACGUUAGUUUUAACAGUUGUGAUAUUCGCAAAGUUAAUUAUUAUUGUUUGUUCGUAAUUUUUUUAUGAUUAUUAUUAUUACUACUAUUAAUUAUUAUUAUUAUUAUUAUUAUUAUUAUUAUUAUUUUAUUAUUAUUAUUAUUAUUAUUACUACGAACAUGACGCUGUUUAUCGUUUUUUAUGUGGUGGUUUUAUAUAAUCGUAAAACCGUCGUCUUCUCAAUACUCCGCAUUAGACCACUAUCUGAUUAGAGUCGAAAGCUGUCAUAUUAUAUUAUAUAUAAAUAUAAAAAUAUAUUAUAUUUUUCAGUACCUAUGUAAAUUUCAAUUUUAAAGCGUGUAUAUUUUUUUUCACUUAUUAUUAUUAUUUAUUGUUUUUUUUUCUGUUCUCGAAAUGUCGUUAAAUGUUUUUUUCUGUGUGUAAAUAUGAAUGGAAACGCUUGACGCCAAUGUUCAAAUAAACACCAUCAUCUAUGUCGUGUGAUACUUCCCGAUUAGAAUGUAUUAUUAUUUGGACGGCGUGAGGCGUUAAUUGAUUAAUUUCGAUGUAUUUUAGUUAAAUAUUAAUUUAAUAAUAAUAAAAAAAUAAAUAAACAAAAAAAUUUCUAAAAAUCAA